AUGUUCGCGCGGUGCAAGGGCGCCAUCUGGGACAGCGACGACUUCUCAUCAUGUUUCCAGCACGAUUACCUGCAGACGCUGUUGCCGCUGAUAGCCUGUGCCAUCUCCGCACUGUUCCUUGCAUAUCACAUCCUACGAAGCGCGAGUCGAUCGAGAGCCGAGCACGAUGGCUACAAACAUAUACCUAAUGGAGUGCGGCACGAUUCGCCUCUACACGAUUCGCCCGACGGUAGCUUCACCGACAGCAGUAGCGACGAUGAGAUGCAUCGCAACCAAGAGCUGGCUCUGGCCAAGACGAGAACGAAUGCCUCGGUCUUGACAGUCGAUCGACCGAAAGGCGAAGUAUGGAUACCACUUGUGGAAGAGAUCACUGUACUGGCCGAGUUAGGCGUGCAAGUGGCGGCGUUGCUGGUGCGAGCCUGGGGACGAGACAGGACAUCUGCCAUUGCAGAAGUGGCGAUUUGGGCAUACAUUGCACUUCUCGCCUCACUGCGACUACUGUUUUCGAGCACGUCGAAACUCUCAUUCCCUCAGCUGUGGUAUCACACCGCAUUCCUGUAUUGCUCUCAAUGGCUUUUCACCGUCUUGCUGUUCCGCUCCGAAAUCAUACAUCCUCAGUCGAGGAUAUCGGAAGCAUUGAUGAGUACACACUUCUCUCUCACGACUCUGCUGUCAAUCAUCGCUCUCUCCUCGAGAAAAGGCAACCACGCUGUGGAGCUAGAAUACGAAGGCGAAAUAGAACCAUCCAAGGAGCCACUUGCCAGUGUCUUCUCGCUUGCCACUUUCGGCUGGGUCGAUUCGAUCGUGUGGAGAGGCUACAAAGCACCUCUGGAGAUGAAGGAUGUUUGGAACCUGAGGCCGAAGGAUAAGGCGGCCGAGAUUCUGGCCGACUAUCGACAAUUGAAGAAGACAUCGAUUCUGGCUUGGCAUUUACUUCGUUACUUUAGACGCCCUCUACUUGCGCAGGCUGGAUGGGCCGCGAUCUCGGGCAUUGUCACAUUUGUGCCGACAUUAUUGCUGAAAGUCAUCCUCCAAUAUGUUGAAGAUCCUUCACAAACGCCAAAGAAUGCUGCCUGGCUGUAUGUCAUCCUCCUAUUUGUAUCGGGUUGUGUCAACGCCUUAUCGAGCGGUCAAGCACUCUGGAUCGGGCGUAGGGUUUGUAUUCGGUUGCGUGCCAUCAUCAUUGGAGAAAUUUACGCCAAAGCUUUGCGGAGACGUGCGGCUGCUGCACCAGACAAGAUUCUUGGUCAAGGCGAAAAGAAGAAGGACGACGAUGAGCCAAAUCAAAGCGCACUCAAGAAGGCAUUAGGCUUCGGCAGAAAGAAGAACAAGAAAACUAUCGCCAACGGAGAACCCAUCGCUAAAAAGCCAUCACCUGGCGGCGAAGAGCAGGUCACUUCUGGUGCCAUCAUCAACCUGAUGGCAGUCGACUCUUUCAAAGUGGCCGAGAUCAGCGCUUAUCUGCAUUUUCUGUGGGCCGAGACCCCGGUUCAAUUUAUCCUGGCCAUCGCGCUUCUGUAUCUCUUCCUGGGAAAUAGUAGUAUUGUUGGCAUUGGCAUGAUGGCUCUGCUUCUCCCGGUCAACAUGUUCAUCGCAAAGCAGUUCACUUCCGUACAAAAGAAGAUCCUGGCUGCAACCGAUGCCAGAAUACACACUACAAACGAAGUCCUGACCAACGUCAGAAUUAUCAAGUACUUCGCAUGGGAGCAGCGGUUCCUGGCAAUAGUCGACGAGAAGCGGCAGGUAGAGCUUCGACACCUCAGAAAUCGGUACAUUGUUUGGGCCGCAGCAGCGACCAUCUGGUCCGGUGCUCCCGUGGUCAUCACCUUUCUAACUUUCAUGGUAUACACGCUUGUGGAGAAGAAAGACCUUAUUCCGUCCGUGGCCUUCACGGCGCUUUCGCUGUUUAGUCUUCUGCGAAUUCCGCUUGACCAACUGGCAGACAUGGUUGCACAUGUACAGGAGUCGAAGGUGUCCGUAGACCGUGUUGAGGAAUAUCUCAACGAGCCCGAGACAGACAAAUAUCAACAGCUACAGAACAACGAGUACGAUGAAGAUGGCGAGCCUCUUAUCGGAUUCAAGCAAGGUACCUUCAGCUGGGGCGGCAGAGAUGUUGAAGACUUCAAGAUGAUUAAUCUCGACCUGAAUUUCAAGGUUGGACAGCUGAACGUCGUCAUCGGCCCAACCGGCAGCGGCAAGACAUCACUUCUCAUGGCUCUCCUUGGUGAAAUGACACUUUUGAGCGGAUCGGUGUAUCUACCUGGUGGGCGAAGCAGGGAAGAAGUUAAGCGGGAUCCCGAAACUGGACUUACUGAGAGCGUCGCAUACUGCGCGCAGCAGGCCUGGCUGAUGAAUGGCACUAUCAAGGAGAACAUCGUGUUUGCAAGCAAAUUCGACGCGCGGCGGUACAAGAAUGUCAUCGUCGCUUGCUCUCUUCAACGCGACCUUGAAAUCUUGGAUGGGGGCGACCAAACACUGGUCGGCGAGAAAGGCGUCACGCUCUCCGGUGGGCAGAAACAACGAAUCAGUCUUGCCAGAGCACUUUACUGUGACGCACGUCACGUCAUUCUCGAUGAUGUUCUGAGCGCGGUCGAUUCGCAUACGGCCAAGUGGAUCUUCGAGAAGGCACUCACGGGGCCGCUUAUGUACAACCGUACGUGCAUUCUGGUCACGCACAAUGCAGUCCUCUGCUUGCCUCAAGCCGACUUUGCUGUGGUGCUUGAAAACGGCAAAACUGUGGCACAAGGCACUGCUCACGAUGUGAUUCAUUCUGGGACUCUUGCAGAAGACCCAUCGAAGUUUGAUAUGAGGCCUCGUUCUGCACCUGCUUCUAAACUGCCAUCGCGGGUUCCGUCCGAUGUUGGAAUCGAUGCUGAGGAGAUUGCUACGCCUCCAACUGCCAACGGACAUGCUCGAGAGCAUCGUCCAAGGCGUGAUACAGAGGCCAGCACACUUACCGGCGAUCCUCUGACUCAUGUAAUUUCAAAGGACAUCCCAGGUAUGAACAAGCCAGCUGAAGACAUUUUCAACGAAAAGAAAGCUACGGGAGCUGUCAAGCUCAGUAUCAUUUCUUCUUACCUCGGACAGAUGGGAGGCUGGAUUUACUGGAUUGUCGCAGCCUUGUCUUUUGGUCUUCAGCAGCUUUCGCAAGUCUCUACCACUGUCUGGAUCCAACAGUGGUCAAACUCAUAUACCAGGCAUGACUACCUUGCUAGCGGUUUAUCACGCAACCACACAUUUGCUGUCGCACACGUUCGAGGUGGCUCCUCGAAUUGCCUCCGCAGCGGAUCUUGUAUCUGGAACAUGCCAGUCUUGUCAGAUGCUGUCCAGGAUGUCAAAACAAUGAGGAUCACGAACGACGAUGUUGAUGUUGGCUACUAUCUCGGCGUUUAUGCUGUUCUUGGUCUGGUGUACAUGGGGAUUACUCUGCUUCGAGAGGCUGUCCUGUUCGGCGGGUCUCUGACCGCCUCAAGGAGAAUUCACAGGCAAUUGAUGGAGCGGGUCACUCAUGCCAAGUUCCGCUUCUUCGACUCCACUCCCUUGGGCCAGAUCAUGAACCGCUUCUCCAAGGAUGUCGAGGCUGUUGAUCAGGAGAUUGCCCCAGUUGCCGUGGGGGUCGUGCACUGUAUGUUCUCGAUCCUCACAAUUGUGGUCUUGAUCUCUGUGAUUACUCCUGGAUUCCUGAUUGCUGGCGUCUUCAUCACAAUUCUUUACUUCCUCAUUGGCCGACUGUACAUCGCCUCUUCUCGAGAUUUGAAGCGGCUUGAGUCUGUCCAGCGGAGCCCACUGUACCAGCAGUUCGGAGAAACCCUAUCGGGCAUGACCACGAUCCGCGCCUACGGUGACGAGCGACGCUUCAUUCGCGAAAAUCUACACCGCGUCAACACUCACUCGCGGCCGUUCAUCUAUCUAUGGGCGGCGAACAGGUGGUUGGCACUGCGUGUCGAUGUCGUUGGCGCUCUCGUGUCCUUCUUCACUGGUGUCUUUGUUAUCUUGAGUGUGGGCAGAGUCGAUGCAGGCGCUGCUGGACUGGCAAUGACGUAUGCUGUCACAUUCACAGAGAAUGUUCUGUGGUUCGUGAGACUCUAUGCGAGCAACGAGCAGAACAUGAAUGCCGUAGAGCGCGUCAAAGAAUACCUUGACGUGGACCAAGAGGCAGCGCCAAUCAUACCCGAGAACCGCCCCGAAGCUAACUGGCCAAGUAAAGGUUCUGUGGAGUUCAUUGGCUAUGGCACAAGGUACAGAAGUGAUUUCGACUUCGUCCUGAAGCACAUCACAUUCAAGAUCCUGCCAGGCGAGAAGGUCGGUGUCGUGGGAAGAACAGGCGCGGGCAAAAGUUCUCUGGCCUUGGCCCUUUUCCGAGCGCUCGAAGCUGAACAGGGCAAGAUCUUGAUCGACGAUGUUGAUAUCGGUCUUAUUGGUCUCCAAGAUCUUCGCGAGAAUAUUGUCAUGGUACCUCAAGAUCCAACGCUGUUCACCGGAACAGUCCGAAGCAAUCUCGACCCAUUUGGACUCUUCACUGACGAGGAGAUUUUCACUGUGCUGCGAGGCGUACAAUUGAUCGGUGCACCAUCAGCGUCCACAUCACAACCCGCAUCGCGACCUGAGACCCCAGUCGGCACGUCACGCAAGUCAACACCGAACUCCUCGCCGAACAAGCAGGCACUCACAAAGGUCACGGAAACGCCGCCAAGUCCAGCUACACCAACCAGCGCAUCGGCGCUUGAGAACAAGAACAUUUUCAAGAAUCUCAAUACACCUGUCGCAGAACACGGCUCGAACCUCUCCCAAGGCCAGCGACAACUCCUCUGUUUAGCUCGCGCCAUGCUCAAAAACCCUAAGGUCCUCCUCAUGGACGAAGCUACAGCUUCAAUCGACUACGCCACCGACUCUAAAAUCCAAGACACAAUCCGCGGGAUCCAGAACACCACCAUCACCAUCGCCCACCGGCUUCAGACGAUCAUCGACUACGACAAAGUCCUGGUGCUCGACAAGGGGGAAGUCAUGGAGUAUGGCGAUCCUUACGACCUCAUCACCAAAGAAGGCGGCAUUUUCCGAGGCAUGUGUGAAAUGACGGGAGACUUUGAAGUCUUAGAGAAAGAUGCGAAGAGCGCACAUGAUGGGAGGAAACUUGUUGACGAUGAGUAGAUGAUGAAGAGGAAGGCGGCCCCAGCAUGCAUAUCCUGCAUUUUUCCCCCUACUCUGCGUUGCAUUGCAAGGCGUUCCUGCACGUUCUACAUCAUCCUUGCUUCAAUAUUUCGGAUCGCUGCUGUAAAACAGCUCUCGGGCGGAAUGCAACAGGCAACUUAUGUAUACAUGGGCGUUUUUAUUCACGGGCGGCGAGCGUUGCUGUUGAUUGAUACCUUUUUACUGCUUCCGGGUGAGGGAAUAGUGGUUUUUCGUCGGUUGUACAUUUGUGUAGAUAGAGGGCAUAAAGAAUGUAAUCCAUGAGGAUUUCCCAGGCUUC